ACAUGGACGCGUUCCUGUACACAAUGGAGGAAGGAAAAGAAAUGUCAGUGUGUGCGAGUCAUGUGCCUGAAGAAAAACUGUACUGCAUGAGCAAUGUUUCAGACUUUCCUCUUCUGAGUGAUGAGAAGUUUGAUUUUGACCUUUCACUCUCUUCAACAAGUGGAAAUGAAGAUGAGGUUUUUGUUGGAGCUGUGGGGCACAAAGAAAGAUGUAUUGCUGCUAGUAUGGAAGCAAAAAAGAGUGUGUCUGCUUUUGAUGAUAAACUCAUGUGGAGCCCACUUCAAGAAGAGAAAUUUGUGGAAAUUUUCAAAGAAGCUCAUUUGUUGGCACAGCAGAUAAAGACUGGAAGCAAGAAUGAAGAGACUAAAACAAGCCAAUCAGAACAGGAAAAUAAGAUUACAGAAACAUUUGUGGAGGACUCAGAGUCAAAGUUGAAAAUACUGAGAAACAAAAUGAUAGAAAAAAAAGGCAUCGGAUAA